GUUCAGAAGGUAAGAACCAGCAUCCAGAGGAACACAGAGAUGAUCAGAGGACUAAUUCUUACAGGACUACUGGUCCUACUUUGGCAACAGAUGGAUGUACAAGCACACGUGUUGAGUAGACACGGUUCAUCCAGCAACAUUGCCAAACUUAAGAGUUUGUUGCAGCAGUUUGAGGAGGCCCUGGCCGCAGAUGAGACUCCUGAGAGAUCAGUUGAUUAUGAUGACAGCAACUCCGCGCUAGAUCAGAGCCCUGCUUCCACGUCCUGGGACAGAGACCAAGAGGAAGAGGCCCCUCCGGCAAAGAACACCAACCCUGCAGAUGGAUUUGAGACACAAAGAAAUCAUCUCAUUGAUCUUCUCAUGUCCACCCGGAGUAAAAGUCUCUCAGGUUGUUUUGGGGGAAGACUGGAUCGCAUAGGGUCUUCCAGCACCCUCGGGUGCAACUCUAAAAAAGGUUAGAAGCAAAGAGUGAAUAUAGUGACAUUAAUAAUAUAAUAUACACUGAUCAGCCACAACAUUAAAACCACCUGCCUAAUAUUGUGUAGCCCCCCCUCGUGCCACCAAAACAACGCCAACCUGCAUCUCACAAUAGCAUUCUGAGAUGAUAUUCUUCUCACCACAAUUGUACAGAGUGGUUAUUCGAGUUACCAUAGACUGUCAGUUCGAACCAGUCUGACCAUUCUCUGUUGAUCUCUAUCAUCAACAAGGUGUUUCCAUCCGCAGAACUGCCCCUCACUGGAUGUUUUUUGUUUUUGGCACCAUUCUGAAUAAAUUCUAGAGACUGUUGUGUGUGAAAAUCCCAGGAUAUCAGCAGUUACAGAAAUACUCAAACCAGCCCGUCUGGCACCAACUAUCAUCCAUGCGAUUAUCUAAUCAGCCAAUCAUGUGGCAGCAGUGCAGUGCAUAAAAUCAUUCAGAUAUGGGUCAGGAGCUUCAGUUAAAGUUCACAUCAAUGAUCAGAAUGGGUAAAAAAAUUUGAUCUCAGUGAUUUGGACCGUGGCAUGAUUAUUGGGCUGGUUUGAGUAUUUCAGUAACUGCUGAUCUCCUGGGAUUUUCACACACAACAGUCUCUAGAAUUUAUUCAGAAUGGUGCCAACAACAAAAAUCAUCCAGUGAGCAGCAGUUCUGUGGACUGAAAUGCCUUGUUGAUGAGAGAGGUCAACAGAGAACGGCCAGACUGGUUCGAACUGACAAAGUCUACGGUAACUCAGAUAGCUGCUCUGUACAAUUGUGGUGAGAAGAAUAUCAUCUCAGAAUGCUAUUCUGAGAUGCGGGUUGGCGCUGUUUUGGCGGCAUGAAGGGGACCUACACAAUAUUAGGUAGGUGGUUUUAAUGUUGUGGCUGAUCGGUGUAUAUUUAUAAUAUCUAAAUUAUUUUGCAAAAGAAAUGUAGUGGCACAUUACAAAAAGGAAUGUAUUUAAAUCUUGAGCAUGUGCAGGUUUUUUUUUUUUUUUUCUUUUUCUUUUUUUUUUACAAAUGUAACAUAUGGAAAUUACACAAGACUCAUCAAUGUACUGCAGUUUGUGACAUGCUUUAUAUUAAACUGGUGGCUUUCUUUUAGAUUGGAUUGUUGAUGUAAUAAUAUUGCACAAGUGGUUAUAAUUUUAAUGCUUAUGAAGAUAUUGAUAUACAUGUGUAGUUGACAUGAGAUACCGUUGGGAAAAAAAUUACAUGACCUGCAGUGUGACAUACUACUCCAUCUAAAACUGUUUUAAAGCAUACUGAUGAUUCUCUAAUAUUUAUUAUGCAUGCAGCUUUUAUGUCCUCAUUUUAAUUGAAAAACUAUAUGGAAUAUUUGUAUUUUUAGAAAUGUAUUUGUCAGACCACUGGACCAUUAAAAAUGAACUAGUGAAGGUUAAAAUGUGAUUAAAUGAAUGAUGAACAACUUUAAAGAAAUGUUGACCAGCUACAGUAUACACGUUUGUACAUUUAUCUAAAUUUUAAUGUAAAAUCCUGAUGUUCAAAAAAAGAAGUUUGUGUGCAUGUAAUGCAUCAACUAUCCAUAUAUGACAUAUGAUGUGUACUCUUCAUGUUUUAUUUAUUCUGAAUCUGAAUUUACAAGCUUUUGUGAGAUAAUAAUACUCACGUCUGGUGUGUAGCUUGUUCUUUAAAUGAGACUUAAGUAAUUUGGAAAAGAUUGUGUUAUUCUGUUUUGAAACUGUAGACAACUCAAAAAAUACGUAUAUUUUUUAAGUAUAUAUGCCUAUAUUUUAAAUACUUAAGCUUUUUGUUGCAAAUACAGUAAAAUUAGAUGCCAGAAUAUUGAAGACCUUUUGAUCAAACUGAAAAAUGUAAUGUUAAUAAAAUCUUGCUUUCAAAUCA